CUUCCACUUACCUUACCUUAAUCUCAUAAUACUUAUAAUUACUUCAGUUAGUGCUUUCUCUGUAAAGGGCGGAGGCCAAAUGGAAAAUGCAUUUUCUUACUUAUUUUACCUCACAUUAAUAAGGAAUUACCAUUGUCAUUGUCAUUUAAUUAGCUGCUUUCUGCCCACUUGGUUAAUAUUUUAUUUAGAAUGCAUGUAAAGGCUUUUCCUAAAUAUAUUAGUAAGAGAGAUACCUCGGUAGUUACCUGACUGGUUGUUGUCACCUUUGUUGUAUAGUGGGAUAGUAAUAGAUUGAGUUCAUUCCUUGGGUCAUAGCAUUGAACAGUUUAGCAAGGGAGUAAUAACAGAGGAUGCAGUGUCUAAUAUAUUAUUGACAAUACCAUCUGGGCCUGCUGAUUAACAGUUUUUAACUAAUUGCCUCUUUGACCUUUUCUGUGAUCUGAUUGUCCACAGGUUGGACAUACAGGUGCAUUUGACUACUGGUACUCUCACAAGGGUUAUCUUGACCAUCCACAUCCAUCAUCCCUUUAUUUAGUGUUGUUUAGAAGUGCUUUACACACCCUCUUCACUGAUUUGGUCCACUACAGGCUGUCUUCUGUAUCUCCUCAUCACCUCCCAGAAGACCUUUGGUGGAUACAAUGCUGCGAUUCUUUUUAUUUCUACUCUCCAUCUCUCCUUUCGUGUUGACGGAGGAGACAGGAAGUUGCCAAGGCAAUGACUGUCCGCCAAAGACUUGGCACAAUGUAAGAUGCAGGACUAACGACGACUGCAAUGCGCCCCACGCCACGUGCUAUCAACGUGUGUGUAGGUGUGUCCCCGGGUACUACUACACCACACAUUACACGUGUACUAACACUUGUAGCCCAGACGACAUGCAGGACAGCUUCACAGACUAUCCUGACAGCGCUCUACGUGCAAACCUCAUUCAUAGCGAGGAUGGACUCACUGUGGAAGACUGCAAGGGCAGGUGCCAGCAUAACAAGACUUGCCUCACCUUUGAUUUUAAAGCCAGUGAAGGUCUGUGUCGGCUUCAUAAUGUCACCUCUCGUCAGUCGCCCUCCGACUGGUCUCCUAAGAGGAGUAAAGGCUGGACACACUACCAGAAAUCCUGCAAGUCCACUUUGGCCUCACACCAUACCUGGUACAACUUAUUGUGUGAAAGCAGGAUUGAUUGUCCUGACACAAACAGCGAUUGUUUGUCAGGACGAUGCUUGUGCCGUUCAGGCUUCAAGUUCAAUGAAGCACAGAAGGAGUGUGUUGUUGCAAGCGAGCUGAAGAAGUGGCACAAUGUAAACUGCACGACAGACGACGACUGCGAUGGGCCCCACUCAGCAUGCUACAAACGUGUCUGUCGGUGUGUCCCCGGGUACUACUACACCACAAGUGACACGUGUACUAACACUUGUAGCCCAGACGACAUGCAGGAGACCUUCACAGAGUAUCCUGACAGCGCUCUACGUGCAAACCUCAUUCAUAGCGAGGAUGGACUCACUGUCGAAGCCUGCAAGGGCAGGUGCCAGACUGACAAGACUUGCCUCACCUUUGAUUUUAAAGUACAUGGAGGUCUGUGCCGGCUUCAUGGUGUUACCUCUCGUCAGUCGCCCUCCGACUGGUAUCCUAAGGCGAGUAAAGGCUGGACCCACUACCAGAAAUCCUGCAACUCCACCUUUGCCUCACACGAUACCUGGUACAACUUAUUGUGUGGCAACAAGAUUGACUGUCCUGACCCAUUCAGCGAUUGUUUUAAAGGCAGAUGUCUAUGUCAUUUUGUUUUCCAUCAAGGCUCGAAGAAGUGUUCUGUUGCAGGCUCAUGUGAAGACUGGAAGGCAAAAGGCGCCAAGAGUGGGGUGUACACCAUUCAGCUACAACACAACAAGGGACCUCGGUCAGUGUGGUGUGACAUGGACACUGCGGGCGGCGGCUGGGCGGUCAUCCAGAGACAUCACCACACCGUAUAUAACCCAGAUGAGUUUGUUGACUUCAACCGGAGCUGGACAGAAUAUGUAAACGGUUUUGGAAACAUCUCUGGAGAUUUCUGGCUGGGCCUAGACGCGAUUCGCGCCAUGUCAUGGAAUGGAUAUUUGCGCUUGAGAGUGGACCUGGUGACUUCUUCAGGGACACAUUACUGGGCGCAGUACGACUCUUUCCAUGUGUCCGGUCCUGAGACAAACUACAAACUGUCCUUGUCGGGCUACUCGGGUGACGCAGGAGAUGGGUUGGCAGGUACUGACGGAGACACGUUUCAAACCUACGACCGAAACCCGUCCGGCUGUGUCAAACCUAGAAGGGGCCCCUGGUGGUUCCCACCUGGCUGUGUCAGCGCCAUUAACCUCAACAGCCUUGAUAACUGGCACAUGCAUUGGGCUGACAUCUACUACGUGACGUUCUCGGAGAUGAAGAUAAAGCCAUAGUAACACCACCUUGUCUCCUGUACCCACUGCUUACACCGCCAGUCGACUGUUCACUGUUCACUACAGGUUCCACUGAUGAUGUGAGCUCAGUGUACAUUAACCUCUCGCAAUACUCUAGCAUCUGACCCUAGUGCAGACUACUUACUGUACUUUAAUGGUUUACUUUGAGUAUAUUGCCUGGUGAUUCUAAUAUACAUGUGUUGUAUUACUUCUUUCAGAUUUGGGUUUGCUUUGAUAAACUAACAUGUUUACAAACGUAAAAUUUAAUUUUAAUUAAUUAAUUUAGCAUUUAUUUGUCCCUAGGUUUUAGUAAACGUGUCAUCAACAGUCGCUAUACACCUGAUACUUUAUAGUAAACGUGUCAUGAGCUAUAUAUUAGCUAUACACCUGAUAGUUUAUAGUAAACGUGUCAUGAACUAUAUAUUAGCUAUACACCUGAUAGUUUAUAGUAAACGUGUC